AUGCCCACCUUUGUGGAGAUUCCUCAUGCACAUUUAGGUGUCAGUGGUAGAGUAAUGAAUGUUGGUGGAGGUCAAGCAUUUAGAAGUGGAAUGAAUAUGGGUGGUACCAUUCAAGGUUUAUCCUCAAACUUGGGCACCAGUGGUAAUCGAAAUUAUGUUCCUGGAAACCCAGCUUUGGGUCCACGUAUUACAAACAUUGUGAGCAGAAGUAACAUUGGAAUAAAUAUAAGCUCUGGUGGGUUGUCGGUGCCGAUUAUCUCAUCACACAUCGAUUUUAGGGUCAAUGCUGCAAGUGGAAGACUAAAUGUGCAAGGAUCCAACAGGAUGAUGCAUGGCCUUAUUCUGCAAGGUAUGCCUGAUGGAGCGAUUGGGUUGAUGCUGAUGCUGAUAUACUUCCCUAAGUUGCUCCAAUCAGGAAUGCAGAUAUACUUCCGUGAGUUGCUCCCCAAAACCAAUCCCUUGCUCUUCUUUGCACCAAUGGGACAAGAGAUGCGAGCCAUCCUUUUUACUGGAUGUUCUCUUGAUCGUUUCUUCCUAUGGAUUUUGUGGUUGACAGAUGUUCUCUCGCUGUGGAUUGGUAAAAAGACUUAA